AGAAAACAGGUCUCUAUCCCGAUCUGAUUAAAGCCGAUUCAUUUCAGAUUUGAUUCAUCUCGUCUUAGUGAUAACAGGGAAUUAUGAUAUGGAAAACUCUCUUUGGACUUAUGGUUGCAUUGUCCUUCACGUCUAUUUUUAGAAUGAUCAUGUUCCUGGGCUACCACAAAACCCUGUGGAACCACAGACCAGGAAAAUGUCACAUCUUGGAAGGAAUAGAGCACGGAUCUGAGGACAUGCAGACCACCCAGUCUGGUUUAACAUUCAUCUCUUCUGGACUAAAUGCCGUGUUCGUUGGAUCAGAAUAUCAAGAGUAUUACAAGAAAAACAAUGUCAGAGGGCGGAUCAUGCUGUUUAACAUGGAGAAACCAGAAUAUGGAGUCAAAGAACUACCGAUUAUUGGAAACAAUUUUCUUUCCAAAGAUUUCUUUCCACAUGGUAUCAGUGUUUUAGAGGACAAAGGUAAAGUGCUCCUGUUUGUUGUGGUACAUCGAGGAGAGGAAGACACAGUGGAAAAGUUUGAGUUUCUGGAGGAGACCUUAGAAUUAAAACAUCUCAAGACAUAUACAGGAGCACUAGUUCACUUACUGAAUGAUGUAGUGGCAACAGGACCAGAAACAUUUUAUACAACAGAUUGUGCUUAUUAUCGCAACCCUUUCGGACAAUUUUUGGAAGGCAUACUGGGAUUGCACUUUGGUCAUAUUCUAUACUGUGAUGGCAAAGAUUUUCGAAUAGUUUCAGAACCAACAUAUUUUGCUAAUGGGAUUGCUCUCUCAAAUGAUGGAAAACUUGUGUAUGCAGUAUCCAGUAUGGGUAAAAAGUUGAUGGUGUAUAAGAGAGAAGAAAACAACAGACUUAUUAAAGUAAAUGACAUUGAACUUGAUACCAUCCCAGACAAUCCGAUAGUUGAUCCUACAACCGGAGAUGUGCUCCUUGGAUGUCAACCCAUAGGACAUAAAGGCUUAGAGCAACUCUCUAAUCCAGUUAACCCAAGCACAUCGCAGGUGUUGGUGGUACACAUGGACAAGAGUGGUUUUAAUAUGACAGGGGUCACGGAGCUGUUCUCAGAUGACCUUGAACUUUAUGGUUCCAGUUCAGCAACAUUAUAUAAGAACCGUAUGUUGAUUGGUACAGUGUGUCACAAAACGAUGUACUGUGAAGUUAACACAUUCUGAGACGUACAAAUAAUAUUCACGCAUGUACGAUAUUUUAGAGUGGUUAUGAGUUCGAUAUCUUUACAAUUUUGUAUAUUGAGCUUCUUCUAUUAGCUAUAACACACACACACACACACACACACACACACACACACACACACAUAUAUAUAUAUAUAUAUAUAUAUAUAUGUGUGUGUGUGUGUGUGUGUGUGUGUGUGUGUGUGUGUGUGUGUGUGUAUAUAAUAUUGUACUGCAUAAAGUGUAGAUAAACCACAUCGGUUAAAAUUUAAUUUUUCAUACAAUCUUCUUAAACAUUCGGCUUUCUACUUAGAAUAUACUGGAAAAGUAUAUUUCUCGUAGUAUUGUGUUUUUGGAAAACGUAGUUUUACAACUUGAUUACAAGCUGGGUCUAUGAAUGAAGUAGUUUUUCUGUGCAAUACGAUUUUUUUGUUACUCUGUCAGAAGAUAGUAUUGUAUAUGUACACAUACAUGUAUAUUCUAUUAUUUCUCUUAUAGACAAAUGCUGUAUUUCCGAUAGUAAGUGCCUUGAGUUCUUUGAACUUCCUAAAAGUAAACAUUUUGAAAUUGAGGAGUCACCAUACUCUGUAAAUGUUUUGAAAGAAUUAUUUUAUAUCAUCUUCAUUUCGGAGAAAUAUUGAUGCGUAUAAUCGUUUUAGAUGAGUACAAAAUACUUUUUUCAUUAAAUACAUGCACUACUGCAUAAAAAAAGUACUGAGUGUGUCAAUAUGUGCUGGUAUUUGCUGAUAAUUAUUAAUAUUGGGCUGUAGGUACUGCUAAGUUAUUCUGACAUUUUAGCUCACCUGAGUCGAAGGCUUAAAUGAGCUUUUCUGAUCAAAAGUUCUCCGUUGUCUGUCGUCGGUGUCGGCGUCGGUAUAAACUUUUCACAUUUUCAUCUUCUCCAGAACCACUAGGCCAAUUCCAGCCAAAUUUAUCACAAAGCAUCCUUUGGUAAAGGGCUUUCAAGUUUGUAAGAAUGAGGGGCCAUGCCCACUUCAAAGGGGAGAUAAUCACAAAAAUGCAAAAAUAGGGUGUGGUCAUUAAAAAUCUUCUCAAGAAUCACUGGAUCAGAGGAGCUGAAAUUUACAUGAAAGCUUCCUGACAUAGUGCAAUUCAAGUUUGUUAAAAUCAUAGCCCCUGGGGUUAAGUUGGGACCACAACAGAGGAUCAAUUUUUUACCUGCAAAUAUAAAGGGAAAAUCUUUAAAAUUCUUCCUCUCAAGAACCACUAGGCCAGGAAAGUAGAAAUUUACGCGGAAGCGUCCUGACAUUGUGCAGAUUCACGAUUAUUAAAUUCAUGGCCCCCCGGGGAUAGGAUGGGGGCCAUAAUAGGGGAUCAAAGUUUUACAUACAAAUAUAUAGAUAAUUAAUCUUUAAAAAUCAAGAACCACUGGACCUGGAAAGUACAAAUUUAUAUGAAAGUUUCCUGACAUAGUGCAGAUUUAAGUUUCUUCAAAUCAUGGCCCCCAAGGGUAGAAUGGGGCCACAUUAGGGUAUCAAAAUUUUACAUACAAAUAUGUAGGGAAAAUCAUUGAAAUCUUCUGAAGAAUCACUGGGCCAGAAAGGUUUACAUUUACAUGAAAGCUUCCUGACAUAGCGCAGAUUCAAGUUUAUUAAAAAGAUGGCCCCCAACGGCAUGAUGUGGUCACAAUAGGGGAUCAAAGAUUACAUACUAAUAUAUAGAGAAAAUCUUUAAAAAUAUUCUACUCAAGAACUAUUGGGCCAAAGAAGUUUACAUUUACAUGCAUAUGGUGUUUAUAUAUCUCAACUGAUUCGAUAUGCAAGAGCUUGUUCUGGGUAUAGUCAGUUUUUAAAUCGAGGUAAGCUACUGACAAACAAGUUGAUGGUACAGGGAUUUCAACAGUCUCGAUUGAAGUCAGCAUUUCGCAAAUUCUAUGGUCGUUAUAACGAUCUAGUUCGUCAAUACAACCUCGCAUUGGGUCAAAUGCUGUCUGACGUGUUUCAUACCGAUUGUUAAGCCGUUCUUGGCACACUGAUUUUGACUGCGGAUAAGUCCGUCUACCUGAUCAUGAUAUAGGGCUCACGGCGGGUGUGACCGGUCAACAGGGGAUGCUUACUCCUCCUGGGCACCUGAUCCCACCUCUGGUGUGUCCAGGGGUCCGUGUUUGCCCAACUAUCUAUUUUGUAUUGCUUGUAGGAGUUAUGAGAUUGGUCACUGUUCGUUAUCUUCACCUUGCAUGAAAGCUUCCUAACCUUGUGCAGAUUUAAGUUUCUUAAAAUCGAGAGCAAAGUUUUACAUGCAAAUAUAUAGGAAAAAUCUUUAGAUAUAAACCAAGGUAAAUCAGGUGAGCCAUGUCGCCCAUGGACCUCUUGUUACCGUUGGUACUGAUUACUUCUGUUGGUACUGAGAAAAAUCAAGUAAAAUUAUCAAUAUCAACAGCAUAAUAGCAGUCAUUAUCAGUAUUUAUCAGCCAACAAUUAAACUCAUAGUACUGUAUCCCUCCAGUAGUGAUACCGAUACUUCUCAAUAAUGUAGUACUCGCUGUGAUAAACCAUUUGUAUGUAAAGUAUAAAAGAGUAAGUGAUUCGAGAGAAAUCAUUUUCAGAAUAAAAAUGUCUGGGGUGUAGGUACAACCUAUAUAGAAAAUGUUGUUCUGAUAAAGAUCUGUGGAUAACAUACCAAUUUCCUAUCUCUAACUUAUUGUCAGGAUGUAUGACCUCGUGGCUGUGAACUUACAUAAUCUUUGUGCUCUUUACAUAAUCUAUUAUUAGUAUUAUUAUUAUCAUUAUUAUUAUCAUUAUUACUGUUAUUAUCAUUCCCUAGGUAGCGAUAUAAGUUAGCGGAUCUCAGGAUAUGGUUUUAAUCAGAUUUAUUAUCAUUAUUACACAUUUAGAUAGCGCUUUACCUAAUUACUACAAUUACCCUAAGGCUUUUUACAUGUAACGCAAUAAAAAUAAAGUAAAACAAAGAACAAUGAAUACAUAGAAAAAGGCAUAAAAUAAUACUUAAACUGGGGUGUUUUUUUAAGUAGCUGUAUCUAUAAGUACCCAAUUACAGAUGAAAUGCAAGUUCAAAAAGGUAUGUUUUAAGUUUGUUUUUAAAAACAGCUAAUGAACCCUUGACACGAAGAUCCAACGGGAGGCAGUUCCAUAGAGUUGAUGAAGAAACAGCAAACCGUCUUUCGCCAUACAGUUUAGUACGAUCGCGUGGCUCUAGAAUGUAUAAUAAAUUCGCAGAACGAAGUGUCCGUUUUGGUUGAUAGCCUUGAACUAGUUCCUGGAUGUAUGCUGGAGCUAAAUGAGAUUUUGUCAGGCUUUUCUGCAUUUUCUUAUGCAACUAUUAUAUUUCUUUUUUCUUUUUUUUUUAAAAAACAGAAAUGCACUUAAACUUACAUUAAUGUAUAUAAAGUGAAUAAUGUUUUUGGCUAAAAAGGAAUCAUAAGAUUUGAAUGUAUCCAAUAUUAGGUAAUCAACCGUGCUUAGAAGAUGUUUUGCCUUAAUUAAAUCUGCGAUCCUCUGUCACGGUAAGGGUUGACACUAUAAACACUUAUAACCGC